AUGGACAUCCAUCAUCAAAAUAAUUUCAAACUCAGUAAAACUGAGAAGAAGUCAUUAAGGAAACAGAUUAAAGCCAGGAAUACUUUGCUGAGACAUGAAGGCAUUGAGGCAGUGUCCUAUGCCACUCAGAACCUGGUUGUUGCCAAUGGUGGUCUGGGUAAUGGUGUGAGUAGGAAGCGACUGCUGCUCGUGUUAGAGCAGUGUGGAUCUGUGGACGCUCUCUUAAUGCCACCCAACAAGCCCUACUCUUUUGUAAGAUACAAAACUGCAGAAGAAUCCAGGAAAGCCUAUGAUACCCUCAAUGGACAAGAAAUAGCAGAUGAUUUAGGACAGAAGAUCAUUCUGUACUUGAAUUUUGUGGAAAAAGCACAGUGGAAAGAGUUGAGGCUUCAAGCCUUACCUCCAGGCCUUGUGGUCAUAGAAGAAAUAGUUUCUUCUGAGGAAGAGAAAAUGCUUUUGGAAAGUAUUAAUUGGACAGAAGAUAAAGACAAUAAAAAUUUUCAAAAAUCUUUAAAACACAGAAGGGUAAGACAUUUUGGUUAUGAAUUCCACUAUGAGAACAACAAUGUAGAUAAGGAAAAGCCAUUACCUGGGGGUCUUCCUGAUGUAUGUGAAAGCAUUUUGGAGAAAUGGCUGAAGGAAGGUUACAUUAAACAUAAACCUGAUCAGUUGACUGUGAAUCAGUAUGAACCUGGGCAUGGAAUCCCUGCACAUAUUGACACACAUUCUGCCUUUGAGGAUGAGAUCCUGUCUCUCAGUUUGGGGUCAGAGAUUGUCAUGGAUUUUAAGAAUCUGGAGGGCAUCACAGUGCAAGUUAUGUUACCUUGUCGGAGUUUGUUGGUAAUGACAGGAGAAUCUAGAUACCUUUGGACCCAUGGAAUAACACCUAGAAAAUUUGAUACCGUUCAAGCAUCUGGGCAUUAUAACAGUGGAAUUAUCACCAGUGACAUUGGAGACUUAACUUUGAGCAAGAGAGGAGUACGGACAUCAUUUACAUUUAGGAAAGUGAGACACACGCCUUGUAACUGUAGUUACUCUUCAGUCUGUGACAGCCAGAGGAAAGAGACUUCUCCCUCAUUUCCAGAGAAUGCUAAAGAAGCAUCACUGCUGGAGCAAGAGUAUGUUCAUCGAGUGUAUGAAAAGAUUGCUGGGCACUUCAGCAGUACAAGGCAUACUCCGUGGCCAUGCAUUGUGGAGUUUUUGAAGGCUUUGCCAAGUGGCUCAAUAGUGGCUGAUAUUGGAUGUGGAAAUGGAAAGUAUCUUGGCAUCAAUAAGGAUUUAUACAUGAUUGGUUGUGAUCGUAGCCAAAACCUAGUGGACAUUUGUAGAGAGAGACAGUUCCAGGCCUUCAUCUGUGAUGCACUGGCAGUUCCCAUGCGCAGCGGGUUCUGUGAUGCCUGCAUCUCCAUUGCUGUUAUCCACCAUUUUGCAACUGCAGAGCGUAGAGUGGCAGCUGUCCAAGAACUUGUUCGUCUCUUGAGACCUGGUGGAAAGGCACUCAUUUACGUCUGGGCAAUGGAACAAGAAUAUACUAAUCAGAAGUCCAAGUAUCUGAGAGGAAAGAGAAUCAGCCCAGGAAAAAAAGAGAAGAUAAACAGUGAUGCAUCCGUGGAAGGAUUGCUUGUGGAGCGAGUGCCGGACGUGGGCAGUCGAGACUCAGCAUCUUCUGUCCCCUCCGUCAGUGACGUUCAGGAGAGAAGAUGUAAGUCAAGACAAGUUACUAAUUCUGAGCUGCCUGUUCAUACUAAUAGGACUUCUUUUCAUUCUCAAGAUGUACUGGUUCCCUGGCACCUCAAAGGAAACUCUGGUAAAGACAAAGCUGUUGAGCCAUUUGGUCCAGUAGGAUCCCAUGACCCAAGUUCUAUAUUUCAUCGCUACUACCAUGUGUUCUGUGAUGGAGAACUGGAAGCUGCUUGCCAGACUCUGAGUAAUGUCAGCAUUCUGAAAAGCUACUAUGAUCAGGGAAACUGGUGUGUCAUUCUUCAAAAGUCUGACUGA